AUGGAAAAGGACGCCAGCAGGCCGAAAAUAUUCAUAACCAUCCUGUUGUUCGUCUCGUUCCAUUUGAUUUUCUUCUCGUACCAUUUAAGCAGCAGUCUGCCUCUAUGGCUGUCGAGCAGGACGAAAUACUUCUGCGAGGACACGGUGACGGCUUCCAAGAUGAUCCACCUUGAGGACGCGAUCGAGGUUUUGGACAAGAGAGAUCAAAGCCGGCGUGCUUACUACAUGAUCGACUCGUCCAGACAAGGUGUCGUUUACGGUCGACAAGCGUGUGCCGUCGAGUCGUUGGCCAAAAACAACCCUGACGCUGACGUCUACCUUUUGGUCCUUUACCCUCCAAGAGACCUGCGUGUCCAAACAAACGAGCAGCUGGACAUGGUGAAGCGUCGCUAUCCAAAUAUUCAAAUGCUAUCGGUGAAGAUGGAAAAGUUAAUCGAGGGCUCCAUCCUGGAGGAAUGGUACGCGAGGGGCGAACUGAAUAAAAGUUCGUACCCCGUUGAGCAUACUAGUGACCUGAUCAGGGUCCUGGUCGUGCAGAGGUACGGCGGCACGUACUUGGACCUCGACUUCAUCGUCCUGAGGAGCCUAGCAGACCUGAGUGAAAACUUCGUCAGCUAUCAGAUGUCGUCCGACGUGAACAACGCAAUGUUUGGCUUUUCCAAAAAUCACCUCAUCACGCGCAUGAUUCUGCAAAGGGCCAGGGACAAAUACGAGCCCUGGGCUUUUGCCACCAUCGGUCCAUUGAGUCUAAUUCAUGCACUCGAAAUCUACUGCGGCUGCAAUGUGACGGAAAUGGUCAAAAACGACACUUGCAACGAUUUGAGAGUGUAUCCAUCUGGUUAUUUUUAUCCCGUCGCAUACACGGUGUGGUGGGUCCUCUUUGAGAACAGCACGAGCGAAAGGCUUGCCUCUUUUAACGAAUCGUACGCGAUCCACUUUAGUAAUUUCAUGAGUAAAAAUGAAAUUGUACGCGUCGGAUCGGACCAAGUGUACAGCGUCCUCGCAAAACAGCACUGCCCCAGAGCGUAUUGGAGUUCAUAUGAUGUGUUUUAA